AUGAAUUUGCCCGAACUCCAAAAGAUAUUAAUGGAGUUCGAGAAACAGUCCGGAAUGAUGGAGAUGAAAGAGGAGAUGAUUUCUGAUGCGAUGGAUGAUGUGUUUGAAGAGGAGGGCGAUGCUGAAGCCUCUGACGCAGUUGUUCGACAGGUAACCGUAUUAGAUUCCUUCGGUUUUCACUGCCUUGUCUGCGGCGUAUUUCUUGUUGGCCCCUUGAUAUCCUAUCCACCCCAAUUAGUUCUCAGUUUGGUUGCUUUUAUUCGUUCAUUCUGGUUGAUGCUUGUCGUGCGCCGAGCUUUAUAUCAACUUCUUUCCGACUCAAAAAAUUAUCAAAUAUUAUUUACGUGUGUUUCAGUAGGGUAGAUCCGCCCUACGUCCAACAUCUGGACGUGUAUUUAGUGUGAACACAGGAUGCUGGUGACUCGAAUGUAGUCUUCUCAGGCUCACGUGCCAAGUGUAUCCUGGGGCCACUGUUUUCAUCAUUAAUUUAGCGGUUGGUGACUGUAUUUCUCGUAGCUUCUGGUGAAUUAGUUGGAGUGGUAAACCCAUGUCGACCAUUUUACAGAAGGUAUUGUGAUGUCAAGACAACCAGCUCUCAUGUCCUCUUCCUUUAUAGAUUUUAGACGAACUCGGUCUAGAAAUGGCUGGAGCAGUCAACCGAUUGCCCACCAGCCCUGAUUCAAUCGGUGCGCCGGCUUCGGGUGUUCGGGCAACUAACCAGCCGGUACCUGCCACCGGUGGUCCCGACGGCCCUUCAACCAAUGACGAAAACGACCUAGAAGAACGUCUUAAUCGACUAAAGCGUGGCUGA